UCGGAAGAACGGAGACUUGGAGACCGGAUCGCACGCGGCGUAUGACAACCCUCACUUCCUUCCCGAUGACAGCCUCGACGCACCUGACGGAGUGGCUGGCGCGCGGCGGGAGGUGCCAGCGCCGCCAACAGAAGCAGUCACGUGGCACCGGAGAAGAGCAUGUCCACCCUGGAGAAGCUGGUUCAGGCGUGCGCUCAGGUGGUUCUCGUAACAAUUCCCCAAGACGCACGGUGGACGACUCCCAUCUGACGGAGCCGUCGGUGGUGGCGGUGCCCUUGCGCGGCCACGACUUCACUGGACUCGGGUUCAACAUCUACGGCAACAUGAGGGACGGGGUCUUCGUGAAGGACGUGCUCCACCGCGGCCCCGCCUCGGAGUCGGGCAAGAUCAGUCCAGGUGACCGCCUCCUGGGGCUGGCGGUGAGCACGGAGCACAUGGUUCACGAGGACGCCCUCACGCUGCUCUCCUACGCGUCCCCAUACCCGGUGCUGCUCCUGCUGGAGAAGUCCGCGCAGGGGGCCGAGCGACGCCUGCCUUCCGCCACGUCCGGCCGCCCUGUCCAUCCGUUCUACAGGAGCCAGUCCAUUGACGAUCUAGCGAAGAUCGGCAAGGCGGACAUGUCGCGAGUGAGGGCCGCCCGGCUGUCCGGCGCGCGGACUUCCAAGACAGAGGUGUCUCGCCCAGACCUCGUGGGCGGGAUGGAGCUGCCACGCCUUAGCUUGAGCUCGGGUAUAGGCACGGGCGUGACUGCAGGCGCGCGGGUGGAUGCUAGUCUUGUACAGAGAGAAGCGCCGGAACGACACUCCGAACGUGCCAUUGACGUGCCAGGCGCCGACGUCCGGAAGCCGACGGCGCGGGCUGAGGGUCCCGCGGUUCACGCCGAUGCCAAAGCCGACUCAAAGUUAAAAUUCGGCAUCAAAGUCUUGCCAGAUUUGACAGGAAGAGUUCCUAAGCGUGACCUCGACCUCGAAGCUGGAGGAGAACUAUCAGCGGAGGGUCCUUCGCUCAACCUUCAGCAACCUCGCCUAGAUCUUGAAACCGAAAUGGAAACUCCCUCGACAGGAAUUGAGGCCGAGGGCUUCGAUGGGGCCAACAAGAAGCCAAGUGGCAUCAAGUUCGGCGUCAAACUGCCACAGAUGAAAGUUAAGGCCGGCCAAGGUGACUUAGAUGUUCCCGAUGCCACGGUUAGGAUGCCAAACAUACCCGAAGGUGAGGUAAGACUCGGAGUUGAAGAUAACCUUAACAUCAACAUGCCAGACGUCGAACUCGAUGGAAGAGGCGUGAGCAAGGUCUCACUCGAACCCAAGACAGACGAUGAAAAGCAGAAGGCCAAGGGUUCCUUUGGCAUCGACCUGGACUUCAAGGGCUUUGGACGGGGCCAGGAAUCGAACUCUGAACACAAGGACGAAACUGACUCCGAUAGAGAAACUGGAAAGUCAAAAGGUUUUGGCAAUAUGAACUUUGGUCUCGACUUCAAGGGACUGAAGAGAGAUGACGAAGUUGUCUCAGACGAAGAGAAAGUCAAGUCUAAAGGUAAUAUUGGGCUUAGCAUUGACACUCCAGACCUCCAGAUGCCAAAUGUAGAGUUUGAACACAAAGUAGGCAAUGUAGAAAACAUUUCAUCAAAGUCUGAAAAAUCAGGAUUCGGGAUCGACUUCAAGGGCCCUGAAUUUUCCAUGCCCAAGCUUGACCUUCAAGGACACACCAAAAGCAAGGGUGAAGGCGAUCAGGCUGGGCUCACCUUGAAUGCUCCUGAUGUGAACUUACCUGACGUGAGUUUCAACAAGACGUUGGAAGUCGAAGGAGGAGCAAGCGCUGACGGCAUGAAUGUUGACUUAAAGGGUCCAAAAGUUGACCUUUCUCUGCCAGAGGCUGACCUAAAGGUUAAGGGCAACGUGAAAACAGAUGCAGAAGCUGAGGUUGAUGCAUUUAAGAAAGGGGGCUUUAGCUUUGGCCUGACAGGUCCAGACAUCAACCUUCCUAGCUUUGGCUUGGGCGGGCGAAGUGACGAAGAAAAGGACUCAGAUGGAAAGAAGAGCAAAAAGGAAAUUGAAGGCGAUGGAAAAGAUCUGUCGCUAGGUAUUCGAGGGCCUGAUAUUACCCUACCGAGCAUGAGCCUAAAAGGUGGCGCAGAGCCAGUUCUAGAGGAAGUGAAUGUAGAAGUAGAAGAAGGUGGGAAAAAGAAGAGCAAAAAGAGUAAGAAGGGCUUUAGUUUUGGAUUCAAAGCCCCUGAUUUCAGUCUUCCGGGUAUGAAUUUCAAGGGGCGUGGAGAGGACAGUGAUAACGACGAAAGCAACAGCUCUGAGAGUGAAAAGAAAGACAAGAAGAGCAAAAAAGGCUUUAGCUUUGGCCUGAAAGGUCCUGAAGUGAAUGUCCCGAGUGCUAACCUGAAACUUCAGGGUGAUGCCUCCAUGCCAGACGAAGGAAAGGACUCCGAUGACGAGGGAAAGAAGGAGAAAAGGAAGAGCAAAAAGGGCUUCAGAUUUGGCUUGAAGGGACCUGACGUGAACAUGCCAAACGUCCAGGUUCACGCUGAGGCAGAUGUAGAUAAUGACGACGUGAAAGAUAAGAAAAAUAGGAAGGGAUUCUCCUUAGGAUUAAAGGGUCCUGAGGCAAACGUCAACCUUGGGGCUAAAGGCAUCGAGGGAGAAGGCUUUGACGUGAAAGGACCAAAUGUAAACAUCCCUGAUGUUAGUCUGUCUGGUGGUUUGGAUGUUGGAGACAGAGAAAAGCCAGAUGGAGAAGACGAUAAAGAAAAGAAAUCUAAGAAAGGAUUUAGCUUUGGGUUUAAAGGACCUGAUGUCAGCUUACCGAGCAUGAGUAUUAAGGGAAGUGCAGAAGGAAGUGAAAAAGAGAAAGAGAUAUCUGAUGAUGAAGAUGGAAAUGACAAAACCAAAAAGAACAAGAAAGGCUUCAGUCUCGGAAUAAAAGGUCCUGAUUUCAAUAUGCCUAGUAUGAGUUUCAAAGGAAAUGCAGAAGGUGAAAAUCAAAAGGAAGAAUCAGACGAUGAUGGGGAUAAGGAUAAGAAAUCCAAGAAGGGAUUCAGCCUAGGAUUUAAGGGACCCGAUUUCAGCCUACCAAGCAUGAGUUUAAAGGGAGAAAAGGGAGACAACGAAUCCGACGAUGAUGACGAUGACAAUGAGAAAAAGGCGAAGAAGGAGUUUAGUCUUGGACUGAAGGGACCUGAUUUUAAUCUCCCUAGCCUGAGUCUGAAGGGAAGUGCCGAGGGAGGAAAUAAGGAAAAGGAUGAGUCUGAUGAUGAAGAAAGCAUCAAAGACAAGAAGUCCAAGAAGGGCUUUAGUCUUGGACUGAAAGGACCUGACUUCAGUAUGCCCAGUAUGAAUAUCAAAGGUGGAGUAGAACAUAAUGCUGAAGGGGCGGAAGCAGAUGAUGACGAAGAUGAAAAGAAAUCAAAGAAAGGGUUUAACUUUGGAUUCAAGGGCCCUGACAUCAGUCUGCCUAGCAUGAAUAUCAAGGGCAGUGGAGAAGGUGACAAGGGAGAAGAAUCUGAUGAUGAGAGAAACAAGGACAAGAAAUCAAAGAAAGGGUUUAACUUUGGAUUCAAGGGCCCUGACAUCAGUCUGCCUAGCAUGAAUAUCAAGGGCAGUGGAGAAGGUGACAAGGGAGAAGAAUCUGAUGAUGAGAAAAACAAGGACAAGAAAUCAAAGAAAGGAUUCAGUCUUGGCCUGAAGGGACCAGACUUCUCGAUGCCAAGCAUGAGCCUCAAGGGAAGUGCAGAGGGAGACAAGGAAAAGAAUGAAUCUGAAGAUGAUGACGAUGAUAAGAAGAAGUCAAAGAAAGGUUUUAAUCUUGGAUUCAAAGGGCCUGAUUUCAGUCUUCCCAGUAUGAGCCUCAAAGGAAGUGUAGAAGGAGACAAUAAGGAAGCAAAUGAGUCAGACGAUGACCGUGAAGAUGGAAAGAGUGGAAAGUCAAAGAAAGGUUUUAACCUUGGAAUCAAGGGACCUGACUUUAAUCUGCCCAGCAUGAGUCUCAAAGGAAAUGUAGAAGGAGGAAGUAAUGAAAAGGAACAACCAGACGACGAUGAUGAUGAAAGUGGCGACAAGGAUAAAAAGUCUAAGAGAGGCUUUAAUCUUGGACUGAAAGGUCCUGACUUCAGCUUACCCAGCUUUAGCAUGAAAGGAAGUGCAGAAGAAGGUGAUAAGACAAAGGAAGAAUCUGAUGAUGAUGACGAAGACAGGAAAGGUAAAAAGUCAAAGAAAGGAUUUGGUUUUGGGUUCAAAGGCCCCGAUUUCAGCUUGCCAAGUAUGAGUAUCAGAGGAAGUGCUGAAGGUGUCGAGGAGAAAGAAGAAUCCGAUGACGAAGAUAAAUCCAAGGACAAGAAAUCCAAGAAAGGCUUCAGUCUUGGGCUGAAAGGUCCUGAUUUCAGCCUACCCAGCAUGAGCAUGAAAGGAGGUGCAGAAGGGGAGCAUGACAAAGAGUUGUCCGAUGACGAUGACACUGACGACAAAGGUAAGAGAGGUAAGAAGAGUUUCAGUCUCGGAUUCAAGGGCCCUGACAUUAACCUGCCAAGUAUGAGUCUCAAGGGAAGCGGAGAAGCUGGUGAAAAGGAAAAAGAUGAAUCGGACAAUGAUGAAAAUGACAAAAAUAAAAAGUCAAGGAAGGGCUUCAGUCUUGGACUCAAGGGUCCUGACUUUAACAUGCCCAGCAUGGGUAUCAAAGGGAGUGGAAAAGGUGACAAAGAUAAGGAAGAUUCAGAAGAUGAUGAUGACGAGAAAAAGUCAAAGAAGGGCUUCAGUUUCGGAUUCAAGGGUCCAGAUUUCAGUUUACCUAGUAUGAACAUUAGAGGAAGUGGAGAAGGAGGCGAUAAGGAAAAGGCAGAAUCUGAAAACGACGAUGAUAAUGAUAAAAGCAAAAAAGGUUUCAACCUUGGCAUUAAAGGUCCCGACUUCAAUCUGCCAAGCAUGAGCAUCAAGGGCAGUGCAGAAGGAGACAACAAAGGAGGUGAAUCUGAUGAUGAUGAAAAACACAAGGAAAAGAAGUCCAGGAAAGGAUUUAGCCUUGGAUUUAAGGGCCCUGAUUUCAGUCUACCCAGUAUGAGUCUCAAAGGUCAUGGACAAGAUGAUGGGUCAGAGGCUAAGAACGAUAAGAGUGAUAGAGAUUUAAAUCUUGGAUUGGAGGGUCCUGAUGUCACUCUUCCAAAUGUAGAUUUGAAACUCCAUGGCGACGCUUCCUCUGGAGUUGCCUUGGACAAGGAGGAAAGUGAUGAUGAAAAACAAAAAUCUAAGAAAGGCUUCAGUUUUGGAUUCAAAGGCCCUGACAUAAACCUUCCUAGCUUUAGUCUCAAAGGCCGUGACCGAGGUGAUGGCGAAGAUGACUCAGCAGAUGAAAAAGACAAGGAAGGAAGAAAUAUCAAGCUUGGCUUAACAGGACCAGACGUUAAAUUACCAAGUGCCGAAGCAGACUUGGACCUAGAAUCUGACAAUGAAAAGAAAUCGAAGAAAGGGUUUAGCUUUGGCCUAAAAGGUCCUGAUCUGAGCCUACCAAGCUUCAAUCUUAGGGGCAAAGGAGACAAAGGUGAUAGUGACGAGGCACAGAGUGACGAAGACGAAAAUGACAAGAAGAAAUCCAAGAAAGGCUUCAAUAUUAACUUGAAGGGCCCCAAUUUCAACCUCCCUGACUUCAAGGUAAAAGGUCAUGGAGAUUUAGAAGGUUAUGAAGGGAAUCUACCAGAAAGUAGCAUCUCCAAGUCUGUGGAGGUAACUGGGCCAAAUAUUGAUCUUCCUUCUGUAGACCUCAAAGCUCAGGGACAAGUGGAAGAUGAUGACACAGUCAAAGGCAAAAAAUCGAAAAGAGGGUUCAGCAUGGGGCUCAAAGGCCCUGACUUCAGUCUACCCAGCAUAAAUAUCAAAGGAGGCAAGGAUGAAGAAGAGUCGGAUAAUGAUAACGAAAAUGACAAAGAUAAGAAGUCCAAGAAAGGUUUUAGUCUUGGCCUAAAAGGACCUGAUUUCAAUUUACCUAGCUUUAGCUUGGGAGGAAGUGCAGAAGCAGGCAGUAAAGAAGAAAAUGAAUCCGAUAAUGAAGAAUCAGAUAAGAAGUCCAAGAAAGGCUUUGGCUUUGGAUUCAAGGGCCCUGAUUUUAAUAUGCCUAGCAUGAGCAUUAGAGGUGGGGGAGAAGGUGAGAAUAUGUCCGAUGAUGACGAAAAGAAUAACGUUGGAAAAUCAAAGAAAGGAUUUAGUCUUAAGGGGCCUGAUCUUAACUUACCCAGCAUGAGUAUCAAGGGAAAUGCCGGACAUGAUAAAGAAGCUUCAGAUGAUGAUCGUGAAGAUAACAAAAGUGAAAAGACCAGAAAAGGCUUCAAUAUUGGCCUAAAAGGUCCCAGUCUCAACUUACCAAGCAUGAGCAUCAAGGGCAGUGGAGAAGGACGAGGGAAGGAAGAAUCAGAUAAUGAUGAUGAUGAUGUUAAAGAUAAGAAAUCUAAGAAAGGCUUUAGUCUUGGAUUCAAAGGACCAGACCUCAGUAUGCCAAGUCUGAGUGUCAAAGGAGGUGCAGAUAAUGAUAAAGAAGAGUCUGAUGAUGAUAAAGAUAAGGAAAAGAAAUCGAAGAAAGGAUUCAGUCUUGGAUUUAAGGGACCUGACUUUAGUCUUCCAAGCAUGAGCCUUAAAGGAAGUGCAGAUGACAAUAACACGAAAGACGAAACUGAUGAAGAAGAAAGAGAUAAGGAGGGAAAGUCAAGGAAAGGUUUCAGUCUUGGAUUAAAGGGUCCUGAUUUUAACCUACCUAGUAUGAGCAUGAAGGGAAAAAUGGAAGGGGAUCUUAAGGAUUCAGAUGACGAGAAAGACGAUGAUGAAAAGAAGUCUAAGAAAGGUAUUAGUCUAGGCUUCAAAGGUCCCGAUUUCAGCCUGCCGAGUAUGAGUAUUCGGGGCAGUGGAGAAGGUGGCAAGGAGCAGGAUGAAUCUGAGGAUGACGAGAAAAACAAAGAAAAGAAAUCAAAGAAAGGUUUUAGUCUUGGAUUCAAGGGCCCAGACUUCAGUCUACCUAGCAUGAGUAUCAAGGGCAGUGGGGAAGGAGGUGACAUGGAGGAAGAAUCUGAAGAUGAGAAAGACAAAGACAAGAAAUCAAAGAAAGGAUUCAGUCUUGGCCUGAAGGGACCUGACUUCUCAAUGCCAAGCAUGAGCCUCAAAGGAAAUGUAGAAGGAGAUAAUAAGGAAAAGAAUGAAUCUGAAGAUGAUGAUGACGAUGAUAAGAGUAAGAAAUCAAAGAAAGGGUUUAAUCUUGGAUUCAAAGGACCUGACUUCAGUCUUCCCAGUAUGAGCCUCAAAGGAAGUGCAGAGGCUGGUGAUAGAGAAGAAAAUGAGUCUGAAGAGGAAAAGGGUAAAAAGUCUAAAAGAAUUAAAAUUUCUAUUAAGGGACCUACUUCACCUACCAAGUUAAUGAGGUCGGAAGGAAAUGUAAAGACAAAAAGACCAAAAGACAUUAUGAAGAUGAAGUGA